UCCCUGCUGCGGCUGUCCAGUGUCUUGCGCUGAGGAGUGACUGAUCCUGCUCGCACGCUACCUUCCGCCUUGUUCUCACACCCUUCACAAACCCCGUACUGUGCAACUAUGUCUGUUACUAAGGUUGCCACUGAACAAGAAUUUACUGAACUAUUAAAAAAGGAUGGCUUACUUGUGGCACAUUUCAUGGCCAACUGGGCUCCUCAGUGUGGACAGAUGAAUGAUGUUAUUACUGAACUUGCCAAACAGUCUGAGUUGAAGGAUGUUCAGUUUUGUAUUGUGCCAGCCGAAGACCUGUCAGAAGUUAGCCUGAAGUACAAGAUUGCUGCAGUCCCCACAUUUCUAUUGCUGCGAGGUGGCCAGGUGGUGGAGAAGGUGGAGGGUGCCAAUGCAGCAGACCUCACCAAUAAAGUGAAGACACAAGCUGCCAAGGCUUCAUUGGUGUCCUGUGCCCCAACUGCUUUGACCCCAGAGCAAGACCUCAACACUCGCCUGAAGAAGCUGAUCAACUCAUCCAAGUGCAUGCUUUUUAUGAAAGGUUCACCUGAUGCACCAAGAUGUGGAUUUAGUCGUACAACAAUUGAACUCCUUAAUAAGCUUGAAGUAGAUUACUCCAGUUUUGAUAUUUUAAGCAAUGAAGAAGUUCGGCAGGGCCUGAAGACGUACUCCAACUGGCCCACAUACCCACAGCUUUAUGUUGAUGGUGAACUGGUUGGUGGGCUGGACAUUCUCAAGGAAAUGGAUGCGUCUGGGGAACUGAGUUCAAUGCUUCCAAAAAAACAGAAAUUAGAAGAUAGAUUGAAAAUGCUAAUAAACAAGGCACCACUGAUGGUGUUUAUGAAGGGAGAUCGGGAAGCACCGAGGUGUGGCUUUUCUAAGACCAUGAUUGGGAUUCUCAAUGAUACCAAUCUUCCAUAUGAGACUUUUGACAUCUUGACUGAUGAGGAAGUUCGACAAGGACUGAAAACAUUCAGCAACUGGCCAACUUAUCCACAGGUAUAUGUGAAAGGGGAGCUGGUUGGAGGCCUGGACAUUAUCAAAGAACUUCAAACUUCUGGAGAACUAAUGGGAGCCUUGAAAGGAGAGUAGAACCUUCAGUAUAUGUUAGUAAAAGGCAAAUAAAGUUAAGAAGAGAACAAUAAACCUGUAAUAAUUGAAAAAUAAACUGAUAUCACAUGA